UUACCCCACUGCAUGAAGUGGAUGCUGUCCCUUCCCAGGAGUCCUCUCUCCCUGAAACGUAUGAUGAUGGGUGAUGGCAGUGUUUAAGUAUCAUCUGAUUAAAACACUCUGUCAAACUAGGCCAUCUUGUAAUGUUACAUAACUGUUUUCUGACUUUAUCCUGCAGUUCUUAUUAGACAAUGUCAGCUGGAAGAGUACGGGCAAAAAAAAAGGCAUCGUCUGUGGAUCAGUCUCCAGAUAGCCUUCCUUUGCGGAGCUCUGGGAGACAGGUGAAGAAGAAGGCGGCUGAAACAGCAGAUGACGACGAUGAAGCAACAUCGGAGAAGAAGUACAGAAAGUGUGAAAAAGCUGGUUGCACUGCAACAUGUCCUGUUUGCUUCGCAAGUGCUGCCGAAAGGUGUGCUAAAAAUGGCUACACAUCUAGAUGGUAUCAUCUCUCCUGUGGGGAACACUUCUGCAAUGAGUGUUUUGAUUAUUAUUAUCGAAGCCAUAAAGAUGGUUAUGAGAAAUACACUGCUUGGAAAAGGAUUUGGACUAGUAAUGGUAAAAGUGAGCCCAGUCCUAAAGCUUUCAUGGCUGAUCAACAGCUUCCUUACUGGGUACAGUGCACCAAGCCAGCAUGUGGGAAGUGGCGUCAGCUGACAAAGGAAAUCCAGCUCACUUCACAAAUAGCCAAAACGUACCGUUGUGGUAUGAAACUUAGCAAUUCUACCAAGACUGAGGGCUCAGACCAGUGUUCCAUGCCUGAGGAUUUGAGAGUUGCUGAAGUCUCAGACCACUGGUGGUACUCCAUGCUCAUUCUCCCUCCCUUGCUGAAAGACAGUGUAGCAGCUCCCUUUCUCGCUGCAUACUAUCCAGAUUGUGUGGGCAUGAGUCCAUCCUGUACCAGCACUAACCGAUUACUGGGUGAAUCCAACACUGUGAAGUUAGAGCAUUUAAAGAGCAUGCCUAAUUUGGCUGUUUCAGGGUUGAACAAAUACUUCCAGCCUUUUUACCAGCCCAAUGAAUGUGGUAAAGCACUCUGUGUGAGACCAGAUGUCAUGGAACUAGAUGAACUCUAUGAGUUCCCAGAAUAUUCAAGAGACCCUACUAUGUACUUGGCCUUAAGAAACCUCAUUCUGGCUCUGUGGUAUACAAACUGCAAAGAAGCUCUCACUCCUCAGAAAUGUACGCAUCACAUCAUUGUUCGGGGGCUUGUGCGUAUUCGCUGUGUACAAGAGAUGGAGAGGAUUCUGUACUUUAUGACAAGAAAAGGGCUGAUUAAUACAGGGAUUUUGUCAGUCAGUCCUGACCAGUAUCUUCUUCCCAAAGAAUACCACAAUAAAUCUGUCAUUAUUGUUGGAUCUGGUGCAGCUGGGUUAGCAGCUGCAAAACAGCUUCACAAUUUUGGAAUUAAGGUCAUCAUACUAGAAGCUAAAGAGAGAAUCGGUGGGCGAGUGUGGGAUGAUAAAACUUUCAAAGGAAUCACUGUUGGAAGGGGAGCACAGAUUGUCAAUGGAUGCGUCAACAACCCAGUAGCACUAAUGUGUGAGCAACUUGGCAUUAAAAUGCACAGACUUGGGGAGAGAUGUGAUUUGAUCCAGGAAGGUGGACGAAUAACUGAUCCCACUAUAGAUAAGCGCAUGGACUUCCAUUUCAAUGCCAUCUUGGAUGUUGUCUCUGAGUGGAGAAAAGAUAAGAGCCAGCAUCAAGAUGUCCCUCUCGGUGAGAAGAUACAGGAGAUCUACAAAGCCUUUAUUCAGGAGUCUGGUAUCCAGUUCAGUGAGCUGGAGGAAAAGGUACUACAGUUCCAUCUCAGUAACCUGGAAUAUGCCUGUGGCAGCAACCUCUCUCUGGUAUCUGCACGCUCAUGGGACCACAAUGAAUUUUUUGCCCAGUUUGCUGGAGAUCACACUCUUUUAACAGUGGGAUACUCUACUGUGUUAGAUAAACUGGCUGAAGGUGUGGACAUUCGGCUUAAUUUUCCGGUACGCAACAUUGACUAUUCUGGAGAAGAAGUCCAGGUCACAACAACAGAUGGAACUAUGUGGGCAGCGCAAAAGGUUUUAGUUACUGUACCACUAGCGCUUCUUCAAAAAAACACUAUUCAGUUUAAUCCUCCACUGCCAGAGAAAAAAAUUAAAGCCAUUAAUGGUUUAGGAGCAGGAGUCAUUGAGAAGAUUGCUUUACAGUUUCCUUACAGAUUUUGGGACAGCAAAAUUCAAGGAGCUGAUUUUUUUGGUCACGUUCCACCUAAUUCCAGCCAACGUGGACUAUUUAGUGUCUUUUAUGACAUGGAUCCACAGGGAAAAUACAGUGUUCUAAUGUCAGUGGUUACUGGAGAUGCUGUGAUGACAAUUAAGAAUUUAGAUGAUAAACAAGUAUUACAGCAAUGCAUGACUGUACUUCGAGAGCUGUUUAAGGAGCAGGAAGUUCCUGAUCCAGUAAAAUUCUUUGUUACACGAUGGAGCCAAGACCCCUGGACCCAGAUGGCAUACAGUUUUGUAAAGACAGGUGGCAGUGGGGAGGCUUAUGACAUUCUAGCUGAAGAUGUACAAGGAAAAAUCUUCUUUGCUGGUGAGGCCACAAACAGGCACUUUCCCCAGACGGUUACAGGAGCCUAUUUGAGCGGCGUUCGAGAAGCAAGCAAAAUAGCAGCAUUUUGAAUAGUGGCAUUUUGUUUCUAUAGAUUUUUUUUUAUCGUUUUCUGUGGGUAAGACUAUCUUCAAUUUUCCUAUUUGCUACUUUGCUAAGUGGUACUUAAACAGUGUACGGUACCUGAAAAUAAAUUCAUCUUUCUUCCUUUCUCUUUCUUUUCUCCCUUUUAAACCCUGAGGAUACAAGUACUUGUUUUCUUAACUAAAACAUUUGUUGUAACUUAUUAGUCUGCACUAGCAUUCAAGUCUCUGGCCUCUUUGGCCCUCAGAGAUUUACUAACAACCUUCUAAGUGAACUGUUUUUUUCAUGGUUCAACUCUUACUGUUGUAGAACUAAACUUCAGGUCAGGACAAGAGGGCUUUUAGUCACUAUACAGUAUUAAAACAUGCUUGUAGACUUACAGGUGGGGAUGAUAGGACCCUUCAAUUCAUUUUCUUCUCAGGUAUUCACACUCAUUCCCAAGCACUUGAAUAAACUGGCCAAAUUGUGGAAUAACAAUGGUUAUGAGUAUAAGAAGGAACAAACUGAAAUGUCUCCCCACCUGCAACAGACAAACCCCUCUUGCUAUUUUUUCAGUGACCUUACUUUCUACCAGUCAGGUUUUAGAAUCUGAAGUUUGUUCCUUUAAACUGCUGGAACAGUAUACAGUGCAAUUACAGGAGGGUUAUUGGAGCUAAGAUAAUUUUUUAGAAGAAAUAAAAAUAUGAAACUUUUUACAUUAUUGUAAAAAUGUCUAAAUUUUUUCCCUCCUACAUAUUCAGAGGAAAAAUACCUUUAAAAGAAUCCUCUUUACAAUAGGGUUAAGUUGAGAUUUGCUCAGUGGAAGUAGAGUAGGGGGAAAAAGUUUUAUAAUUUUGUUGUUGUUUGAACAGUGAAUCUCCAAAUUCAUUUGAGAUGUGUAGAUAAGUCAUUUAUAUGUGUAAUUAUGAAAGCAUAGCAAGGAAUGAAGAUGGGACUAUAAGUUCAAAUUUCUUAGUGGCUCAUUCAGCUUUUGUAUUUAAAAAUAGGGAAAGAUGAAUGAGGUAAAAUUCAUGCUUUUUUAUGAAGGGCUCAAAGAAGGUGGCUUGCACUUUGAAGUUUUUUUUAUUAUUAUUGAAAGUAUUAUUAAAGAAAGACUUGAGGGACUAACUCUGAAAGAAAAAUAUCUUUGAUAGAAACUAGAGAAAUGGGCAGGUGACUAACAGCAUCCCCUAGAACAAAGUUUAUAUGGAAAAUCAUUUUAAAAUUUACACUCCCCUGCCCUGCCCCGCUGUCUCCCUGCAACUUUAUUACUUUGGCUGCAUAUGAUUCUAGAAAGGUAACAAGCACACACUGUUUUCCUUGGUCUCAAGCAGACUCUUUUAUUUUUUAAAGGAUGCUCUUUGUGCAACAGAGAGACUGAGGCUUUUAGUUAUAGUGCUUAUCUCCAAAAAGUUUUACCUUCACAAAAGAAACCUGCUGAAGAAAAGCAAAUUUUACUCUUCUUUAAAAAACUUAUUCAUUUUCUAGAGUAGAUAUUAUGUUUAAAUGUCUUUAUUUAAUGUUUAAUUUACAAGGUUGAAGAUGUUUAUGUAAUGAGACCUGUUUUUCAGAUAAAUAUUUGUUUUUACUUUUAAAACAGAGUAAGAUGGUGAUUGAAAAAGUGUAAUUGUUCAUAUUUCUUUCUGCUCUACACAAAUGCUAAUAUUUACAUUUCUAAUAUAUUCCAAGUACUAAAUUGUAAUUUAAGGGUUACAAAAAACAAGGUGUGAAAUUCUCUGCUGAUAGAAGAAACGGUAAUUGAAGUUCAGAUUUUGCUUUUGGUAAUCGUUGUUACUUUGAUAAUUCCACACUUUGUAGACCAAUUAAUAAUGUAACUGGAAAGAUUUCAAUGGGAGAUGAAAACUUUAUAUGUGGGCAAUAGUGAAAUGAGCUUUCUUCUUCCCUCGAAAUUUUCUGUACAAGAGAAAAAAUGUUACUGGAACGCAUCUUAGAAAUUUAGCUAAAUAAGAGAAUCUUUAUUAGAAACCUGUAACAUUAAUUCUACUUACAGCUUGCUUCAUCAGGCCUUAUCCAAGCUUCAGUCUGCUUUAUAAUGGCAGGAUUAACUGAAAGGUCAAGCUCUAAAGCAGCACUUUCCAACCUUUUGCCUUAGUAUGGUCCGUUCCUCACCCCCCAGUGCCCCUCACCCCCCAUGUGCUCCUCAUUCGCAACCUGCAGCCCCCUGCUCCCCCCAGCCCUGCCAGAGGGAGCCCCCAGUUGUCAGGGUUACAGGGCCAGGACCAAAUCCUGGGCACAUGUACAUGAUGCUCCCUGCCUGAUGAUCAUCCUCCUUCCAUUCCUCCCAGCCCCUUGAGGGGCUGAUCCCAAUCUGUGAUCGUCUUUGCAACCCCAUUUGUUACUGUUGUUGCCUCAAGGUUGGGAACUGCUGCUUUAAAAUCUCAUUUCAGUACUGCAUUCCAAGUCAACAUUUACUUUUCAGCAUGUGUCUUACACUAGGAUUUAAACAUUUUAGCAUACAGUGAUACUUUGCUGAAAAACAAGCAUGGGCAUAAGCAAAUUCUUUGUUAACUUGGGCCUUAGUUAGCAAGCACUUUUUAUAGCAUUAAGACAAGUGAUGGGUAAUAAAUGCACAAACUUAUGGUAUAUUAUUACUUUGAUGUCAAGGCAUUUAAAUUAUAUUGUGCUGCACCUAAGUGGAGAAACUAAGCAUUUUAAUUUAUAUUCAUUCAAACUUCUAAAAAAAAAACAAAAAAACAAAACAUCAGGCUGGUUCUGAGGCUUCACUCUUAAUUACUGUUCCCAAAGAUCUUUUCCUUUCACAGCCGUGUCAAAUUUAAUUUUAGGCAUGUCAGUUUUUUAUCUGUACGUACGGUUUAGUCCCUGUAGAUAAACAACUAGGGAAAGUUGGGGUUUGGCUUUUUUUUUGUUGUUUUUUUUAAUAAGCUUGUAUAAAAUAUUACCAAAAUGUUUGAAUGCAGAGCAUGAUCUGUUAUACUUCAGCUCUCCUGUGUGACUGGUAUGGUAUGAUGUCAGGAUAAACUGGAAAGUGUC